AUGAGGACCCUAGAACAGAUUGGUAACCCCGAGGCUGCACCACGAUGGGUAGAGGAACUCGAGAAAGCCUUUGAGGUAUUAGGGUGCACCGAUAAUGAGAAAGUAAUCCUGGCAGUAUAUCAAUUACGCGACAAUGCGAAUGACUGGUGGAAGGCCACUUGGGAUAGAGUGUUUCCCGAAGGUACCGCCCAGACUUGGGUUGCGUUCACCGAAAGUUUUUAUGGAAAGUAUUUCUCGGAGAGCGCUAGGGAAAGAAAGCUAGCAGAGUUUAUGAGACUCCGCCAAAGUCAAAUGACGGUGGAUCAGUAUGAGGCGGAAUUUGCUAGAUUGUCUAAAUUUGCGUCGAGAAUGGUAGAGCAUCCCGAGCAUAAGGCGCGAAGGUUUCAGGAUGGAUUGAAAGCUGACAUUCGUAGACAGUUGAUACUGGUGAAUCUGAGGACUUAUGAGGACAUAUAUGAUAGGGCUCAGGCUCUUGAGAGGGACCAGGUAGACAGGGCAGCCGCAUCUGGGUCGAGGUUUGUCCAGGAUAGGGACAAUCGUAAUCUCGGGAAGAGGCCAAUGUCGGAGGAAGAACCAGAAGAAGAGGAACCCGAGGCGGAACCUGAGGAGGAGCCCGCUGAGCCAGAAGAAGAACCGGUGUACAUUCCCCUGUAUGAACAGUGGAUUGACCCCGAUUUUGUGCCAGAGUACGGGUCUGAUGAGGAGUCCGACUCAGAGGAGCAGAUAGAAGUCCCAGCGGAGUCGGGUGGCAUCAAUAACCCGAUUGAGAUAGGAGCCGAACCGGAGUCCUCGGAGAAGCAGACAGUCCAGGGGGAUUCGGACUCAGAGGGCGAAUAA